AUGACGGAAACAGACACAGAAGAAACUCCCUUAAUAAAGGAUUAUGACGGAGAAGAUGAAGAACUUACGGGCUGUGGGGCAACCCUGGCCUGUAACCCAAGAAGAUCACUUCAUAGAUACCUGAUCUUGUUCAUCAUGUGUUUCCUAAGUUUUGGGAGUUAUUUCUGCUAUGACAAUCCAGCUGCUCUUCAGGACAACAUGACAAGGGAUUUGAAAAUAUCAGUCGGUAAAUUCAUGGGCUUUUAUUCCUGGUACUCAUGGCCGAAUGUAAUUCUCUGUUUCUUUGGUGGAUUUUUGAUUGACAGAGUGUUUGGUGUCCGGGUUGGUACGGUCAUCUUCAGCUUGUUUGUUACAGCAGGACAGAUUGUUUUUGCAACUGGAGCUUUAGUUAACAAAUACUGGCUUAUGUGUGUUGGCAGAUUCAUUUUUGGAAUUGGUGGUGAGUCUCUUUCAGUAGCACAGAAUAUAUAUGCGGUGAAAUGGUUUCAGGGGAAAGAACUCAACAUGGUGUUUGGUCUUCAGCUCAGCUUCUCUAGUGUUGGUAGUACAGUUAAUAUGAAUGUUAUGCAGCCUAUCUACAAGUACAUAUCACAUACAGUCCAGGGAUUCAAAUGUCUUGGUAUCACUUUGUUUGUAGGAGGUGUUAUGUGUUUCCUGUCCUUGAUAUGUGCACUGGCACUUGGAUAUUUUGACAAGAGGGCGGAUAGAAUUCUGAAACGGGCCUCGGUUACUUCAGAGGAAGUUAUAAGUAUCAAGGAUGUGAAAGAUUUUGGUUUCAAGUUUUGGUUGCUAUGUGUUAUCUGUGUGGCUUACUACGUGGCUGUGUUCCCUUUUAUAGGACUUGGUCUUGUUUUCUUUGAAAUGAAGUUUGAAAUGGACCCUUCUGUAGCUAAUAGUGUAAACAGUUUGGUGUACAUCAUAUUAGCAGUUGCCUCCCCUCUAUUUGGUUUCCUCAUAGACAAGAGUGGCAGGAAUGUAUUCUGGGUAAUUCUUGGGACCUCUACAACUAUUGGUUGCCAUGCACUGCUUGCCUUCACAUUCAUUACACCUUUUGUUGCCAUGAGUAUAAUGGGAUUGGCUUACUCAGUACUUUCCAGUGCACUGUGGCCAAUAGUAUCAAUGAUAGUGCACCAACAUCAACUUGGGACAGCAUAUGGCAUAAUGCAAGCUAUCCUGAACCUUGGUUUGGCAAUUGUAUCAAUUGCUGCUGGCAGUAUAGUAGAUUCCAAAGGUUACCUUAUCCUUGAAGUCUUCUUUCUUGCCUGGCUGUGUAUUGCCCUUAUUGCUGCUGUUUUGUUAUAUCUGAUUGAUGCAGCACAAGGAGGGGUCCUUAACAGAUCUGCUAAACUUCGACAGAAGGAGGGGGAACUGGAGGAAGCUAAAAAGAGUGAACUGGAGGAAGCUAAAAAGAGUGGGUGUACAAAAAUGUCUUUCCAACAAGUGAUUUUAAAGCAUGACACAUGCAAUGAUGUUAUCAUUGAAUCAGAGGGAAAGUGUUUGUUCUCCCUCCAGAUUGAUUACAAUAUUUCUCCACCGCUGAUUUGUGUGGGGAAGUUAUCAGUUUCUUUAGAGAAUUAUCCCAAGGGUUCGGAGGGGAAGCUAAAAGCAUAUCAGAGAGCUACACAGACUCUUGGUUCAGCGUGUUAUAUAGAGGACGCUAUGAGCUCAAUGCUAUUUAUCGCAUAUGAGUUUGCUGAUGAUUUCCAAGCUGGUGUACUUAAUAAUGCUAAUUGUGGAGGAGAAAACUGCCAUCGAGGGGCUGUCUUAGGAGCCUUACUUGGGGCUAAUGCAAUAAACAAAGGCAAAGAUAUACCUCAGACCCUUAAAGAUGGGCUACAAGCGAAACAAACAGUGAAUACUCUUCUACAAGAGAUGAAGGAGUCUAGGAUGACCUGA